CAAGAAUCAGCGGCGGCCUAGUGGUUGUAACAACCGUGUAGAAUGGUCAAUUGCUGGGUUCGAACCGCGAGCCGUGAGGAUAACAGGUCGUUACCGUGAUGAAAGGGUCAUCACAAUUCGUUUCACCAAAGAACGAGUCCAACGGCCAUCCGAGCUCUUUUUUUUUUUUAAUUUCUUUUUUCACUUUGAAACAAGUGGCCAAAUUCAGAAGUUACGAUUAAUCACAUCUGGUAACUGCAUUACGAGGUUAUGCGCAGAUUUAAUUUCCGAAGCCAUAGGGGCUUUCCUCUGAAAUCGUUUGAAGAUCACAUCCAUAGCUAUGCUGGCCGAGCGAAGCUUGAUUCGAAUCUGGUGUUGACAGAGUUCUCCAAAUCGGGUCGGGUCGAUGAAGCCCGUCAACUGUUCGAUAAAAUGCCCGAGAGGGAUGAGUUUUCCUGGAACACCAUGAUCGCUGCUUAUUCGAAUUCUGGGCGACUCGUCGAAGCAAUACAGCUUUUUGAUCGGAACCCGGUGAAGAGUACGAUCUCGUGGAAUGCCCUCAUUUCUGGGUAUUGCCUAUAUGGACGUGAGACCGAAGCCUUCGAGUUGUUCUGGGGAAUGCAGCUCGAUGGAAGAUACCCUAAUCAGUUUACCCUGGGCAGUGUGCUUAGGAUGUGUUCUUCGAUGGUUUUGCUUCCGAGAGGUGAGGAGAUUCAUGGGUACACGAUAAAAACCGGAUUAGAUAUGAACGAUUUUGUCGUCACUGGUCUUCUUGAUAUGUACGCCAAAUGCAAAUGUAUCUCUGAAGCCGAGUAUCUCUUUGCUACAAUGUCUGGUGACAAAAAUCACGUUACUUGGACUUCAAUGCUCACCGGCUACUCGCAAAAUGGGUCUGCUUUCAGGGCUAUUGGGUGUUUUAGGGAUAUGAGAAGGGAAGGAAUUCAGGCGAAUCAGUUCACUUUCCCUAGCGUGUUAACAGCUUGUGCAGCAGUUUCAGUUCGCGAGAUAGGAGCUCAGGUACAUGGUUGUAUAAUUAAGAGUGGGUUUGGGACAAAUAUUUUCGUUCAGAGUGCAUUGAUCGACAUGUAUGCUAAAUGCAGAGACUUGGAUACCGCAAGAGUCCUGUUAGAGGGUAUGGAGGUUGAUGAUGUGGUUUCUUGGAACUCCAUGAUUGUAGGGUGUGUUAGGCAGGGCCUUGAAGAGGAAGCCCUGUCCUUGUUCGAAAUGAUGCAUAAACGAGAUAUGAAGAUUGAUGAUUUCACGAUCCCAUCCAUUUUAAAUUGUUUUGCUUCUUCGAGGAUGGAGAUGAAGAUUGCAGCUUCUGUCCAUUGUUUGAUUGUAAAAAUAGGGUAUGGUGCUUCCAAGCUCGUGAAUAACGCCCUUGUCGAUAUGUAUGCCAAAAGGGGAAUCAUGGAUUUGGCAUUCAAGGUGUUUGAACAUAUGCCAGGGAGGGAUGUCAUCUCUUGGACAGCUCUUGUCACUGGUUAUACGCAUAACGGGUCUUAUGAAGAAGCUUUGAAGUUAUUCUGUAACAUGAGAAUUGCAAGCAUUCGCCCUGAUCAGAUCGUUAUUGCCAGCGUAUUACGUGCCUCAGCUGAGUUAACUCUGUUGGAGUUUGGGCAACAGGUACACGGAAAUUAUAUUAAAUCUGGCCUUCCAUCGUCUCUGUCUGUAGGUAACUCUCUCGUGACAAUGUACACCGAGUGUGGAAGCAUAGAGGAUGCAAAUAGAAUCUUUAACUCCAUGGAAGUACGAGAUGUGAUCACUUGGACUGCUUUAAUAGUGGGUUAUGCCAAAAACGGGAAAGCAAAGGACUCGCUACGAUUUUAUGAUCAGAUGAUAGGCAGUGGUAUAACACCCGACUUCAUUACCUUUAUUGGCUUACUUUUUGCUUGCAGCCAUGCUGGUUUCACCGAAGAGGCUCAACGUUACUUCGAUUCAAUGAAAAAAGAUUAUGGAAUUAUACCCGGGCCUGAACACUACGCAUGUAUGAUUGACCUCUUUGGCCGCUCUGGUGAUCUAGUUAAAGCUGAUGAGUUGCUGAAUCAAAUGGAGGUUGAACCUGACGCGACUGUAUGGAAAGCCAUCUUGGCUGCUAGUAGGAUUCACGGGAACAUAGAACAAGGGGAGAGAGCAGCGAAAACUCUCAUGGAAUUGGAGCCAAGCAAUGCUGUUCCUUACAUUCUGUUGUCAAACAUGUAUUCGGUAGCAGGAAGAUGGGAAGAGGCUGCAAAAGUUCGAAGAUUGAUGAAAUCCCGUAAUAUCAGCAAAGAGCCUGGACGGAGUUGGCUUGAAGCAAAUAGCAAAGUUCACAGCUUUAUGUCUGAAGAUAGAGGGCACUUGAGAACGGCCGAGAUAUACUCCAAGGUAGACGAGAUGAUGUUUCUGAUCAGACAAGCUGGCUAUGUUCCGGACAUGAGUUAUGCCCUCCAUGACAUGGACACUGAAGGCAAGGAGCUCGGUCUGGCUUACCACAGCGAGAAACUAGCAGUGGCAUUCGCUUUGCUUGUUAUACCAUCUGGAGCUCACAUUCGCAUUUUUAAGAACCUCCGUAUCUGUGGGGACUGCCACAAUGCUAUGAAGUACAUAUCGAGAGUGUACCUUCGGCAUAUCAUCUUGAGGGACCCCAACUGUUUUCAUCACUUCAAAGAAGGCAACUGCUCUUGUGGAGACUAUUGGUAACAGACAUUAGACAAAAUCUCGAAAACAGAGGAUAUCUGAAUGGCGACAUUGCAGGAUACAGAUUAAGAUUAUACACUUGGGAGCAACCAAAAUCAUGUUGGUUCCUGAGAUAAAUGCACAAUGCUACACUGCAGAGCGACGCCAGUGAGGGUUCAUAGCCAGAAGACUGCUACACAUGAGAGAUUUUACCGCAACAAAAUUUUAAACCUUAUGUGAAUGGAAUCACGAAACUACAAUGAGAA